AUGGCGUUGGAGCCCUUGAUGCUCAGCGCCGCCACGUCGUGGGCUCGCGCUGCCAUCUCCGGCGAGGGGAAGGUUCCCAGCCAAAUGCGAGACUUCUUCCGAGGCUCGCGAAUCUCCGACACCCACUUGCCCCAGUUCCUCAUUCGUACUCCGCGGUAG